AUGUCCGAAACUCUGGUCGAGAAUUUGGAUAUGGAACCAGCAGCCAUCAUGAGUAUUCUCACCGAGUAUACUGACCAGCUGAAUGGCUUCAAAGGUUUAAUCAUUUUAACGUUGAGUAUUCUCAUAUCUAUGUCAUAUCUCACAGCAGCAUUGAAGCCUGGACUGAGAUCGAUCCCGGGGCCUAUCAUGGCUCGCUUAACAUAUCUCUACCGCCCUUUCAGGAUUGCCAAAGGAGAUGCUCCAAACUUCUAUAUGAGCCUACAUGAGAAAUAUGGACCUAUAGUUCGAACAAGUCCUAACACAGUCGACAUCUCUGACCCCGCGGCGCUUCCGAUUAUUUACGGAAUCAGCAGCAAGUUUGUCAAGUCAACAUUCUACAAUGCUUUCAGUCCUGUUUUUGAAGGAGAAACAAUGCCUAGCAUGUUCACUAUAAGAGAUCCAGUUGCCCACCAAGCAUUGCGCCGACCUGUCGCGCAGAAAUUUUCAAUGUCGUCAAUUAAGUCUUUGGAACCAUUUGCAGAUGAAUGCACGAGUAUAUUUCUUGAUGCAAUGAAAGAUUUUCAAGGUCAGAAGGUAGACCUGGGUGUGUGGCUACAAUGGUAUGCUUUUGAUGUGAUCGGAGCUAUCACUUUCCAACGCCGAUUCGGUUUUAUGGAGAAGCGAGAAGAUGUGAUGGGUAUGAUCGGCGGUCUUGAGCUUGGAUUAAAAUAUGCAGGAAUAGUUGGACAAGUUCCGGCGCUACAUCCAUGGCUAAUGGGGAACAGCUGGGUCGCAAAGCUUUUGACAGCCCAGCCGUUUGUUGAGAUCGCCGAUCCGCUUCGAACUAUGGUGAAUGUGAGUCACCCACCCUGCUUCUCUUUGAUAUAUUCCGGCGUCAUUCUCAUGGAAAUACAGAUUACCCAAGAAUGCAUCGAUGAUUAUGAUAAAACCCGCGAUAAAUCUCAUGGCCAUCGGCCCGACUUUCUAGCAUGGCUCCGGAGUGAAGAGUCGAAAGGGAAACAGUUAUCCAAUCGCGACAUGAUAAAUCAUUUGAGCAAUAAUCUGCUUGCUGGAAGUGACACAACUGCCAUUUCCUUGCGUGCUAUUCUCUACUUUUUAGUCCGCAAUAAGUCCGCGUACAAAAGGGCUCAGCAGGAAGUGGACAUGGCAGAUGGUCACGGGAAACUUUCUCCCAUGAUCACAUAUGGAGAAUGUUUAGAACUACCUUACCUACAAGCGGUUAUGAAAGAAGCGAUGCGAUGCCAUCCUGGGGUUUCCUUCCCCCUUGAAAGAGUUGUCCCCGAAGAAGGUAUAGAUUUAUGCGGGGUUCAUCUGAAGGCAGGUACUAUAGUCGGGAUGAAUGCAGCUGUCAUCCAUAGAGAUAGGACAGUCUUUGGAGAUGAUGCCGAUGAAUUCCGACCCGAGAGAUGGAUCAAUUGCUCUGAGGAGCAGGUUAAAUUAAUGAACCGUCAUCUUAUGACAUUUGGUUAUGGGUCUCGAUCAUGCAUUGGCAAAAACAUCUCGAUUAUGGAGAUGGGUAAACUUAUUCCUCAACUACUGCGCCACUUCGAGAUUGAGUGGGCAUCUGAUGAGUCCGAGUGGCGGGUCGAGACCUUUUGGUUUGCUAAGCAGAAUGGGCUGAUAUGCCGCUUCAGACCUCGAGGUGUCAGCCCAUCAUCAAGCUGA